AUGCCCAAGGAGAUCAAGCUGCAGCACUCGCUCGGCCAGCACCUGCUCAAGAACCCGCUGGUGACGGCAGCGAUGAUCGAGAAGGCGUCGAUCAAGAGCACCGACGUCGUCCUCGAGAUCGGCCCCGGCACCGGAAACCUCACCCUCAAGCUCCUCGAGGCGGCGAAAAAGGCGCUCGCCAGCGCACACCGCCUUGCGCACACAAACCGCACACGCGCAUUGCGCCCCGCACCACCGCCGCACACAGCACGGCACAUGCGGCGCUCUCGCGAGUGGGUGGUCGCCGUCGAGCACGACGGGCGGAUGGUCGUCGAGCUCCAGAAGCGGCUGCACGGCACCGCAGAGGGGCGGCGGCUGCAGCUGAUCCACGCCGACGUGAUGAAGGUGCUGGAGGAGACGGGGUUCGCCGAGGAGCGCACCGCGAAGCUGGACCAGGACGACUUCCUCAGGCUGCUCGCCGCCUUCAACGCGGUGGGCAUUCACUUUGCCGGUUGCUGA